AGAAGAAGAAGUCAACGACUGUUCGUGUUUCGUUUGAAUCGCACUGAUGGAAACGCGGUUCAUGAGAAAGUGGCCCAAAUUUUGAAUUCCUGUGUGCGGAGAAGGUGGGAUUCAAGUGGACUGUACAUAAGAAGAAAUCAACAGAAGGGUCCUACAUGGCGGCUCCGAUAUUACAACAGCCCAGUUUCCUACUGGCCAAUCUUAAAGCUGAUGCCACCACCAAACCUCUUAUCCAGCGAUGCCAAGAUCUGGUGAAAAUCAUUGAUGAAUAUCCUGCAAAGGAGCUGCACUUGAUUUUCCCCUGGCUGGUGGAGAGUGUGUUUGGUAGCCUGGACGGCAUCAUCGCUGGCUGGAACCUGCGACUCCUCCAUUCACGGAACAAUGAAUACAACAUUGUUAUGGAAUUUCUAAACCCCAGUGGGCCGAUGAUGAAGCUCGUGUAUAAACUUCAAGCGGAAGAGUACAAAUAUGAAAUACCUGUCAAUUAUCUCCCGGGUCCUGUGAAAGCCUGUAUCCAGGAGGGAGUUCUCCCAGACUGUCCGCUGUUUCACAACAAGCUGCAGUUCCCCCUGUCUGGUGUGCUGACUCUGAACCUUGCUCUCAAUCCAUUUGAAUUCUUCAUGUUCAACUUUGCCUACUGUCUCAUCACGCCAAAGAACUAUCCUCAAGGCCAACAUGGAAGCUCCACUGACACUGCCUACUUUGUGCUCGUGGACACUUACCUGAAAUACUUCCUCCCCAGUGAAGGAAGUGUCCCCCCUUCCCCUUUCUCUGACUCCAGAGGCUCCGUCACUGCACCUCCACCCAGAUCAGCCAGUGUUUCCUUCGCUGGGUAUGGCGUUCACACCCCAAGUCUCCUGAAACAUCACAUAUUCCAUCAACCGUCAGUUAAUGCAGACCCCGCAGCCCAGGAAAUCUGGAGGUCUGAAACACUGUUACAGAUGUUUGUGGAGAUCUGGCUCCAUCACUACUCCUUAGAGAUGUACCAGAAGCUGCAGUCUCCUCAGGUGAAGCUGGCGCUGCUGCAGUACCGCCUCAGUAUGUCCAGCAUGCCGUGCCAACCCUACGCCCCACCAGGCUCUGGGACCCUCCACACCUACCAAGUACUUUUACCUUUUCAUUCACCCCCGCCCCUCUGGGGCCUCCUGGAGGAACCCUUCAGCCCGACAGAGGAGCACGUGCUGGUGGUGCGUCUCCUGGUGAAACAUCUGCACGCCUUCUCCAACAGCCUGAAGCCCGAGCAGCUGUCCUCCUCCCCCUCAGCACACUCACACACUCACACCAGCCCGCUGGAGGAGUUCAAGAGAGUGGUUGUGCAGCGUUUUGUGCAACAGAAGCUGUACCUGUUUCUCCAGCAUUGCUUCGGUCACUGGCCUCUCGACGCCUCUUUCAGAGCGGUGUUGGAAACAUGGCUGAGCUACAUCCAACCAUGGAGAUACACAGGAGAGAAGACCAACUCUCAGCCAGAUCAGAACAGAACAGUACCUGACAAAUGGGAGUCGUUUGUUCAGGAGAACCUGCUCAUGUACACGAAGCUCUUCCAGGUGUUGUUGAACAGAGCCGUGAGGACGGAUCUGGUGAAUGCCAAAAAUGCACUGAUGGUCUUCAGGGUGGCCAAAGUCUUCGCACAGCCAAACCUCGCUGAGAUGAUCCAGAAAGGAGAGCAGUUGUUUCUGGAGCCAGAGCACGUCCUCCACCACCGCCAACCCCGCGGCUACCUGACGCCGAGCCAAGGAGGCAGCUACCUGUCGUCACGGCAACGAGUGGUGACAGACGUGGUGUUCAGGGUGAAGAGCCACGUCUAUGCUUUGGAAGGCCAGGACUGCCAGUACAAACAGAUGUUCGGCCCUGAGCUCAGAGGAGCCGUCAUGAAGUUAAUCCAGAUAAUUGCACAGGCCCGACAGACAGCCAAGAGGAUAUCGGAUCACUCCAAUGAAGUGGCAGCCAAUAACUCGUUCAUGUCCUGGUUUGGGAUGGGCUCUCCUGAUCCCAACAACACCUUCCCCGGGGCUGAGCCAGAGGAGAGCGGGGAGUGCUUGAAAAAGACUCACGAAUUCCUGGACAGAGCUUUGGAGAACUUGUGUCAAAUCUUCAAGCUGAACCAGGUGCAGCUGACGCAGCUCAUAUCCAACCUGGGCUCGUCUCAGGACGAUGGAAACAGCAAACAGCUGCCAGACUGCAUCCAGGGAGAGAACGGACUCAUUCUCACCGACCUGGGCAGGAGGCAGAUUAUAAGUGGACUGCGCCGGUUUGACGUUCAGUAUCAAGGAGACCCGGAGCUCCAGCCCAUUAGGAGCUAUGAGAGCGCCCUGCUGGUCAGGCUUUUCUACAAGAUCUCUUCUCUGGUUAAUGAUAGGUUCGGAGGGCAUAUGAAUGCUCUCUGCUCACGUCCAGACUUCCUGGGUCGCCUGGGUCGUCACUACUUGGCGGAUCCCGAUGCCUCUGCAAGACUGAGGCAGAGCCCGAUAACCCGGCGGACGCUAGAGAGGAACCGGCAGCCGAUGCUGAGCCUGCGCCCGCUGGCCAGCUACAGGACGUUACUCCUUCUGGUGCUCCUCUACGUGUUCGGAGCCCUCCUGUCGUUUGGCCCCAUAUCCAGCACCCUCCUCAUCCUCACAGGUGGAUUCCUCUACGGAGUCUUCAUGACGCUGUUUGGUGACAAACUGAAAACACACUAGCAGGAGGCGCAGGGUCCCUACACACACCUGAAACACACACAUAAUCAGUUUGAGUCCAGCUUUGAAUGUGUGACAAUAAAUGUGUAAUGGGUUAAUCUGCCAUUAUGUCACUGUUUAAAAAUGCUUGUAUCAGUUUCCUAAAGCCUAAAAUGAUGUCAUCAGAUGUCUUUUUACAACCAAUAGUCUGAACCCCAAAAUAUUCAGUUUGUUAUUGUGUAAAGACAAAGAAAAGCAGCAAACUUUAACUUUUCAAAAGCUUAAACAAGUAAAUAUUUGGAUCCAUAACUCAAAAGAUGAAAAUGAUUGAUUAUCAAAACAGUUGCCAAGAUCAUCUACUAAUGAUUACAGCUUGAUAUUGAACCCUUUGCUGUAGAGACGAAAUGUUUAGCUUGUUGCCAGCUGCUGCAGUGAAGCCAGAGUCGAUGUUGGUGACAGAUGAUCCUGUUAUUCUCAUCAGGUCUAGCGUGACACAGCCUUCUGAAGUGUCGGUGCUCUGUGUCUGAACAUUGAUCAGACUCUUCAGGUAUCUGGGACUUUUAAAGUGACAUCAUUGUGAAACAGGAUGUGCAUAGGAGAACUGUUGGCAGGCGACUGGCAGCUCUUCUGUUCUUGCUUUUAAUAUGACGGCUUAGAUUUGUAAUUUGUGUUUCAUAUAACCCUGUAAAUAAUAAAUACACAGCCUUGAUGCUCUGUUGGUUGGACUUUUUUUCCCCCAACAAGCAUCUGAAAACAGGUACAGGCCAAAACCUUCAAUGGAGUAUAACUGACUUUUUCUCAGAUGCAUUUUUGUCCAAAAGAAUCAAUAAACUGUUUGCACUCGUUUGUA